AUGGCGACUGACCGUAGCCCCGAUAUUUCAGCGCCUGAAAAUGCAGACUUUCAGAAAGUCGAGUAUUGGGACAAGCGCUAUGCGUCAGAGGCGGAAGACACCGAUUUCGACUGGUUUCGGAAAGUAUGUACAAAUGCUCGAGUUUAUUCACACCUACUUAGUAUAGUGAUAUCCACCCUGAGCAAGGACAUGCUGGAUGAUGGUUACACGAACAUUGUGAAUCUUGACUAUAGUUCUGUGAUUAUUGAAAAAAUGCGCGCACGCGUACCAGAACUAGAUUGGCGCAUUAUGGACAUUCGCGAGCUAGAACAACAUGCAUCAACACUGGGUGGCCCUGGCACUUGGGACGUGAUAGUCGACAAAGGCACGAUGGAUGCCCUCAUGGCAGAGAAUGGGUCUGUGUGGAAUCCUAGCGAGCAAGUGCUCCAGAAUGUGGCAGCCGAAGUCCAGGGCGUUCUACAGUAUGCAUACUCGGUGAUCGUUUGUCAGCGUACUUACGCACAGCUUAUUGAAACCUGCCACGGGCCUGUUCCUUUACUUCACAUUCGGUCAACCACAUUUUCGAAGGCCGCAUAUGCAGCGCGAUGCAUGGACGAUCGAGACUCGAGAGCUUGGUGA